AUGUCUGCUCUGUUUACAUGCGAGGAGCCUGCCACAUGGAGACAGGUCCAUGACAAAUACUGGGAUGUGGUGGAGUCCAGGAUGAAGGGCAAGACUCCCCCAAAACUGAUGACCCUCGACAAAUGGUUCCAGGAGGAGCUGCCUGCUUCCAUUUCACAUCGAUCUGAUAAACAUGUCUCUCACAUGGAGCUGGUUAAACUAAUGGAGUGGAAACUCACUAGAGGCAAGUUUAGGCCCCGGCUGCAGCAACUGGUGGAAUCCAACAGUGCAGACAGUGUGGAGAAGUGUUCGAGGAAGGCCUUCAGUCUCCUGCCAGAUGUUCAUGCAGCAAUCACCGAGCUCAGCGCCCUGAAAGGUGUGGGCCCUGCCACUGCAGCAGCCGUGUUGGCAGCAGGAGCCCCAGAGCAAGCGGCCUUCAUGUCUGAUGAGGCCAUGGAGAGUGUCCCAGGAUUAAUGCCAAUCAAAUACACAGCCAAGCACUACAUUCUCUAUUUAACGAAGAUGCUUGAACAAACUGCAAAACUAAACCAAUGGGACCGUGUGCCGGACUGGACUCCUCACAGACUGGAGCGGUGUCUCUGGGCCUUCAGCGUCGCCACCAAACUGCAGCUCCCACUUCUGCAGGACAUCUCCAUAAGCAACAAAAGGAACUCUGAGAGUGAUGACAAACCUCCAAAGAAAAAGAAAACCAGCUGA